AUGCAUGUCCCACGACUUCCACCAUACAAUAGUGAGUCCUUGAAAUCGAUUUCAAGAAUCUGGGAGCGAAAAUUCUCAGAAAUUUCAGCUACCUCACUUCCACUUAAAGACAAGAAACACUCACGACAACAACACAUCAAGACUCUUUAUUUUAGGUUUGAU